AUGGUGAACGUUAAAUACGGGAGCUGUCCAAUCAGCACCACGUUUCUACCAGGUUGUGGACAGCAGCCUGGCCUGGAUCCCCCAAAUAGGUUUCGUAUUUUGGGAGGGCAUUCUGCAUUGGAAGGUGCAUGGCCUUGGCAGGUUAGUAUACAACGUAGGUCAGGGCACAUCUGUGGUGGGUCCAUCAUUGAUCGUGUUUGGGUAAUCACUGCAUCCCACUGCUUCAAGAGCAGUCGUGUUUAUAGCAACUAUAAACUCCAAGUGGUGGCUGGACUGAAUGCUCGAUCUGGACAUGGAAAGGGUAUUCAGUUUCGCUCAGUUAAGCAAGUGAUCUUGCAUGAAAAGUUCAAUGAAUCAACUUAUAACAACGACGUGGCUCUCCUGAAGCUCUGUCACCAACUGUAUUUCACAAAACACGUACAGCCUUUGUGUUUAAUUGAGAAUGAAAUGCAAGAGGAACAACUCAACUUUGGUUCAUGUUACAUUACUGGCUGGGGCAGCUUAGUAUCCAAAGGUCUUUUAGUUAACACUCUUCAGGAAGCUGAAGUUUUGCUCAUUGAUGCCAGGACCUGCAAUCAGAGAGACUGGUAUAAUGGCCAUGUUAAUGACAACAUGAUUUGCGCAGGAUUUGAUGAAGGAGGUGUUGACACGUGCCAGGGUGACAGUGGUGGCCCUCUACAGUGCUACAGCAAAGACCUGGAAAGGUUUUACCUUUAUGGUGUGACAAGUCAUGGAAAGGGUUGUGCAUUACCCAAGAAACCUGGCAUAUACACUCGUGCUAGCCGGUACACAGGGUGGCUGAGAAAAGCUCAUGUAGUAUCUGUGUCAGGUGCCUUGGACCUGUCACUUGUAAAAUUACUCUCAGUCCUUUUUAUCUCUUGCUGGAUGGACCUCUUAUUGUGA